CUUGGCAAGCAGCAAUCACAAUCCAUCCGUCUGUCUGCCGAAGGAUACACUUCCUCGUUAAACACCACCUGGAGUGUCUCUUCUGUUGACCCCCCCCCCCCAGUUUAUUCAGUGAAUGGUGGACAAGGCCGGUGGAUGGUGGACAACGCCGGUGGAUGGUGGACAACACUUCUUCUUGAGUCUUUUCCAGUAAAAUUUCAACAAACAAAUUGUAUCAAAAAAGAUGCGACUGAACUGUCCCCCCAUGUGGAGUGUGAUUAGCGUGUUGACUGUGCUCGUACCCCUUUGGGAGAUGGGCUGCUCUGGCCUGACCUUGAACUCAGUGCCCCUGCAUCAGGUCGGGAUGUACCAAAGGAGCGGCGAAGGGGGGGCACACCCCAGGCAGAGGCGCAGCUGGGUGUGGAACCAGUUCUUUGUGCUGGAGGAGUACAUGGGGGACGAGCCACUCUACGUGGGCAAGCUUCACUCGGACGUGGACAAGGGUGAAGGGCAGGUGAAGUACGUACUCAACGGAGAGGGAGCUACCUCCAUCUUCACCAUCGACGAGAACACGGGUGACAUCCAUGCCACCAAGCGUCUGGACCGCGAGGAGCAGCCUUACUACACGCUCCGGGCUCAGGCCAGGCACCGCCACACCAACCUGCCCGUGGAGCCAGAGUCUGAGUUCGUCAUCAAGGUCCAGGAUAUUAACGACAAUGAGCCAAAGUUUCUGGAUGGACCCUACUCAGCCAGGGUCCCCGAGAUGUCCCCAGUGGGCACAUCUGUGGUGACGGUGGUAGCGACUGAUGCGGACGACCCCACAUAUGGAAACAGUGCCAGGGUGGUCUACAGUAUCCUUGAGGGCCAGCCCUACUUCUCCGUGGAACCAAGAACAGGCGUGGUCAGGACGGCUCUGCCCAACAUGGACCGCGAGGCUAGGGAACAGUAUCUGCUCGUCAUCCAGGCCAAGGACAUGGUGGGUCAGAUGGGAGGACUCUCCGGGACCACCUCUGUCACGGUGACGCUCACUGACGUCAACGACAACCCACCACACUUCUCUCGCAAGAGUUAUCAGUUCAGCGUGCCCGAGUCCCUGCCGGUGGCCACGACGGUAGCCAAGAUAAAGGCGCUAGACUCAGAUGUGGGACCCAAUGCUGAGAUGGAAUACAGGAUCAUGGACGGGGACGGUCUGGGACUGUUCCGAAUCACCCCCGACCCAGACACACAGGAGGGCCUCAUCACUCUGCAAAAGGGCCUGGACUUUGAGACCAAGUCGAGCUACACCCUGCGUGUCGAGGCGUCCAAUAGAAACAUCGACCUGCGAUUCCUGUCCCUGGGGCCGUUUAGCGACACAGCGACAGUGCGCCUCAACGUGCAGAACGUGGACGAGCCGCCUGUCUUCUCCUCGCCGUUCAGCAAGAUGGUAAUCUCGGAGGAGGCAACGGUAGGCACCACCAUCGGGACCAUCUUCGCACACGACCCAGACUCCACCAACAGUCCCAUCAGAUACUCUAUAGACCGCAACACCGACUUGGAGCGUUUCUUCAACAUAGACGCCACCACCGGUGUCAUCAGCACCGCCAAGCCCCUUGACAGAGAAGUUAACGCCGUACACAACAUCACCAUCUUCGCCACGGAGAUCCUGGACCCAUUGCAAGUGGGAAAGGGUGUAGUUCUGAUCACAGUGACGGACAUCAAUGACAACGCGCCUGUCUUCGCCAUCGAGUAUGAGACCUACCUUUGUGAGAGUGCCAAACCUGGACAGGUCAUUGAGACCAUCAGUGCUGUUGACCGAGACCAGCCUCAGAGUGGACACCGCUUCUUCUUCUCCCUGACCGCUGAGGCUGCUGGGAAUCUCAACUUCACCCUGAGAGACAACAAAGACAACACGGCUUCUGUGCUGACCAAGCGAGGGGGUUUCCAGCGCCGCCACCAGAAUGUGUACCGCCUCCCCGUCCUCAUCAUGGACAAUGGGAGCCCCGCCCUCAGCAGCACCAACACCCUGUCCAUCCGGGUGUGCGACUGUGACCCUGAUGGGAUCCCCCAGUCGUGUGGGAGUGAGAACUCCAUGCUCUCAGCGGGCCUCAGCACCGGGGCCCUCAUUGCCAUCCUCGCCUGCAUCCUCACACUACUGGUGCUGGUCCUGUUGAUCAUCACCAUGCAGCGACGGAGGAAGAAGGAGCCCUUGAUCCUGGACGAGGAGCGUGACGUGCGCGAGAACAUUGUGCGCUACGAUGACGAGGGCGGCGGCGAGGAGGACACCGAGGCCUUUGACAUGGUCGCUCUGCGCAACCUCAACGUAGUCCGUGAGAACGGCAGCAAGAACCGCCGUGAUGUCACCCCAGAAGUGCCCACCCUCUUCUCGUCUUCCCGGCCACCGCCGGACAACGGCAUCUUCCGCGAGUUCAUCUGGGACCGGCUGAAGGAGGCCGACGUGGACCUGUCAGCACCGCCCUACGACUCACUGCAGACGUACGCCUUUGAGGGCAGCGGAUCAGCCGCAGAGUCCCUCAGCUCGCUGGAUUCCCUGAGCAUGGACUCAGAGCAGAACUACGACUACCUCAGCGACUGGGGGCCACGCUUCAAGAAACUGGCAGACCUCUAUGGCCACAGCGACGGCGGCAACCUCUUCGUCUCUUAGCCCUCGGUUGAGCCCCGCCGAACCAUCAGCGCGGACAACAGAACAAACAAGUGAAGUAAACAGAAGGAUAUGAAUAAGGAUACAAGAAAGGACAUUUUAGAUGACGAUAGGAUGAUGCUGUACUCUGAGAGGACAUUUGAUUGGUGUGUAUAAAUGCAUCAAUGUGGGUUGAGAAUUAACUGUAGGAUGGUGGUUUUCCAUUCAAAAUGCUUGUUUUGGGCACUCUGCAUACUGGCUAGAUUUUUCAAAGGAUGACAUUUUGGAGAUUUUGUUUGUAACGUUUUAACAUGAAAUGAUGCAAAGCUUAAAAUGUUGGGACGGCCUCCAGACCCGUUGGAAGGACCUCAACGCACAAAUGUCCAGACAUUCUCAUGUCACAGUGACGUUCAAACGGAACAAGGAGUGAACCGAUAUCUAUGCUUCAGUGGUGUUACAACAGUGACAUUUUCAAGUACAACAUCUUGUCAUGGUGAAAUGAGUAGCCUGACCUCUUCAACUGGCCCUGUAGUCUGUCCCAGGGUUCACUAUGAUCUGUAACAUUUGUUUCAAACUGAUAUUUAGAGGUUCACAGCUUUGCUGUAAAACCUAUUGUUAUUCUUAUAUUAUAAUGUUUUCCUUGACAUGGUAAAAUAACUCAAGCAUAGAUUGAUAACUUUUGUUUGAAUUCGGCACACAAAAACUAGAGGCCAUGAGUAACUUGGUCUAAAAGAAUGGUACUGAUUGACCUAUAGGUGGCGCUGUUAUACGCAGUCUCAUUUAAACCCUCAUAUCCGCCGCCCAGUAUGACCUACAGACUUUAAACUUUGUAUGUAGGUGUCUUUCCUCAUACUGAACAAAUUUACCUCAAGGACCCAUAAGGCCAGCCAGGAUAGAUUUUCCUACAUCUUGGACAUUUUGGAAAACCUUUGAAAACCGUAAACUCAUGAUAUAAAUAAGGGAUUGAUUAACAGGGCUGAGUAAUUAUUAAAUCUAGAAAUCUGAUUUACGUGUCCAUUUAAAUCCUUUGUAAAUCCAUUUCACAAUGUACUAUCAAUUUGCAACUUCUUAGUGUCAUCAAAGACAUUACCAUGAUGAACCAUGUUAAGUUUGGCAUUGAUAUCGUAAAGGCCGAUUUUAGCCGUUUUUAUAUCAAAUCAUUUCUUGUCAACAAUUAAAUACCUUACUGUAAUAGUUUUCCAUUGAAAUGGACAAUAGUUUUUAGCAAAUAACUAUUUCUCAAGCAAGACCCCAUGGUGUAUGUGGGGAUGGGAAAACUCAAAACUAGCUGUUAUUGGCAGGGAGGUUUGGAACUCUUUGUUAUUGGUCUAUUAACCAAUUUACCGCCAGGUGAGAUCACCAGGUGGUAAAUUGAACUCCCACCCAUGCAAACCUUCUGAUUUAGAACAUUCAGUGUAGAUUGUAUUUUCAAAACAUGGCAGAGUUAUUGACACAUUUUUUUUUUUAUACUGCAAAUAAAUUCCACAGUGGCCUGUCAACAUGAAACUAUUAUUGACAUCCCGAAAAUUAACCACACUUAAUUAUUAUUAACAACUCAUUCUUUUCAUAUGUAACGCUCAUGCUCAACCACAUUCACCUCAUAAAACCAUACGUCACUUUCACUCCAUAUUUUGAUUGCACUUAAAGGAAGAUGCUUCCAACAUGAUAGAGUGCUUUGUUAUUCAAUUGAUCUUGUGUCCUUUGUCAUCCUCCGAGCCCUGUUCAUUGCUGCUGGCAGGCAGUUAUAUUUAUGGAAGAGAUUCUCAAAACAGGAUAAAUCCUUAUGGAUUUUACAGCAGGUUUUCAUCAAUGGUGGAUUUGAUCAAUUCAGGCUUACUCUGGUCCAUAUUCAGUAGAGCUCACUGUAGCAACAUUUUUUGAAACAGAAAACAGAAAUGGGUGUUUCUUAUUCGACCGGUAGUCUAGUAGUCUCUCUCCCUUUUCUUCCAUUUGGUGCCUACCGAACACGGUCACGAUCUACAAUCCUAUAACGGUAUCUAGACACCUGUCCGAUUUGUCCGCUCUCACGCUCAAGAUCCGAAUGAACAUGCUUAGAGUGUCACAAUGCCUCUGAACGGUGUAGCAGGGAAGGUGAGAUAAGACAAAGAGACUGGGGUUGGGGGGGUAGCGAUGAAGAGAACACUAUCAUGUCACAGCCUGGAAGCCUUGUAAACAUCUGCAGUGAUUGCACCGUAUCGGUAAGUUCAAAAUUUAAAGCUGUUGUGGUUGUUUUAUCUAUCCUAUGAGGUGUUCUAGCAACCAUGAUGGUUAAAUUUUUUUUUUUUUUUUUUUUUUUUACGGAAACAUAGCUGUAACAGCAUUGGAAAAUACAGUUAGUGUUGGGAAACGAUUUACAGCAAAGCUGUGGGCACUUGUAAAAAUACUAAGCCAUGGAGAAUGUCAACUGUUAUUUUGCAUGCAGUGAGUAGAAAUGGAACUGUGGGAAAUCCAGGAUGGAAGAAGCAAGGCAAAAAACAGCUGGGAAACAAAACAAAUCUAGUGUUUGGUUAAGAGCUCUGAUGAGGCCUUAUACAUUUGAUGCUCAUUAGAGAAAACAUUACAACCUAAAUGGAACCAACACAGUUCUGCAUAUCCUUUUUCCCACUAUCGUGCUGACCCAAACCGUACAAUGUUGGCAAUAUAUUUUUUCUCAUUGUUCCAUUUCAACAGUUUCAUCAACUAUAGUGGAUGUGUAACUCCCCCCCCCCCCUGCCCAGGGGUUAUUUGAGUUACAUAAAAACAAUAAAACCUUUUAUAGGAUUCUUUUCAGUUAGAAAAACACAUUUAAUAAAUACCUUUCGGGGUUUUCAAUGAUUACAUUUGAGCUAAUCUCUACCACAACUGAUAAUUAAGUAAUUCUGCUUCCAAAGUGAUGAUAAUGAAGAUUGAGGUUAUUUUCUUUAGUGAUGGCUGUCAUCGUUAAGGAAACACAAUUAUUUGUUAACUGUCUUGCUAAAUGGAAUUUUAAAGAGAUAUCGAAAUCUCGUCAGGCCUGGCUCAAAGUUUUAAUAAAUAUACAUUUAAUUCAGCAGAUUGCCAGAGAUCAUCUGCACUUGGAUGAGACACUAGGGGAGAGGCUUCGCUUUACCACACAAAUUAGUGUAUACAGAAAGAUAUAUACACAAAUUAGUGUAUACAAAAAGAUAUAUACACAAAUUAGUGUAUACAAAAAGAUAUAUACACAAAUUAGAACUAUUGUCAAUAAUAUUAUGAGUUUGUUCUAUAUUUCUUUGGUGUAGAAAGUUGGAGAAGCAUUUCAUUUGCACACAUUCUUAAAUUGACUCAGUUGUUGUUCUUGUUACGGUAUUAGAAUACUGCAAACCCUUAGGUUUGCCACGGAAUAUUGAUGUCAUAAUUCAUUUUUUAAAAGAACUUAAGAAUUUAGGAGUACCUGCACUUCUCUUUCAUUGGGAUAUUUAUUUUUCCUAUUUUACAUUAUGGAAACAACUUCAUGAUUAUUUGGUAGAUGUUUUUUUUGGGGGGGGGGGAGUUUGUUACGAAAGCAUUGUAUGUACACACGGCUUGUUUUCACUCUGAUCUAAGGAAUAUGACACCUGGUGAAUAUCAAAGUGGCCUUGCCUGUUUAGGAAAAGAGAAAAUGGACAACUGGUGUCAAGUGGCUGAUAAGGUGUUCACAUGAGGACAUCCUCAGUCUCAGCAGGAUUUGUGUCCGUCUCACCGUAGACUGACGACAUUCUGAACCCCAACACAACUCAACACUACUCAGCAGACAAUCACUGCUCUGUUUGUUUUCUCCCUCAGCCCAGCCAGUCUUGUGUAUUUGUGCAUAGAGAGAGGAAACUGAAUCUCACCUUUUUUUUGUUGUAAAGGAACUGUAAAGGAAAUGCCGACAAUGGCUCUUGACUGUAAGUCACCUGUUCAACUUUCAAUAAAGUCCUAAAUAUUG